GACUGGAGGAGCAGCAGCCUGUUGCGCACUUAGAGGCACAGAGACAGACAGACAGACAGGGCGCACCACAGCUGCGUGGAUGGACAGAGCCACUAAAGGACUUCCUUUACUGACUUUAACAGACUUUUCAUAGACGUUGUGAAUUGGAUGGCUAUCGGGUUGGCUUUUCUUCUAAAGUAACAGAGGCUCAUUACAAAGUGCAAACCUCUGAGCGGAUCUAGCCUUUACGCAUCCCGGGAGCCGGGACCAGAGGGACUCUCCAGACUGUCAGGAGCAGGGAGACAACAAAAGCACAAGAGCCAUAAACACCAGGAUCUGUCUCUGCUGGCAUGUUCCAGAGAUGCUCAACGAUGCAAUGAAGACCUGAAGCCCGAUAACCCAUGUGUGUCCCACCGAACACACACACAGAAGAGUUGCAGACACCAGUGUUGUGUGCGUGGCCGGCCCUGUGUGUGUGUGUUUACACACUGUGCUGAGACUAAAGCACUGUGGAGUCGAGGACUUAAGCUCAAGAGUUAUGGUCCAACUGUCCACCUCAGUCUACCUGUUGGGAGGCCUUUUGGGCCUGUUUAUGCUAUCGCCUGUCCUGAUGGCCCCAACACCAGCCAGCAUGUGCACACCCUUGAAGACGCUCAACGACAGCCUCAGCCACAGGCGACGGUACAUGAAGCACAACUUCCCCAUCAACUACACCAUCAAGGUUCAUAAGAAGGAAAUCUUUAAACGGUCAAACAUCAACAGAAUGAGGUUACAGGUGGAGGGGUUGGAUGAGCUGGUUCUCCAGAGGUUGUGGUUCCAGGUCAACCAAGGCGUGUUAAAAAAGAUCAUCCGAGUUAUGCCAGAGAGACAUCCUUCACGUCCAUACACCGCUGAGUUGGAAAGACGCUUCAAGGAUGCGGAGGGCGUCUUUGUACAGUCACAUCCCGCUGAGGUGUUCCAGCAGGAGCUUCCAGAGACUAUACAGGACACUUGGGAUCAUUUAACAGAGGAGCCUGACAAAGUGCCAGAGUCCAGCUGGCGUCUUGCUUCCCCGAAGUCCCUCCUGGACAACUUCUGCCACACCAUGCAGUGCCUCUUCAGCGAGUGUUUUGCCAGCACAGAAGCACAGGAGGACUACUGCGGUGUUUCCCGUUGGACAAAAGGCAGGAAGAAAGACUUACAACCUGAAAGCUGAGAAGAUGGGGUGAAGUUGUCCCUGUUGAUGCUGAUGAUAAGGGUAUCAUUAUCUCCCGAUAGAGAGAGGGGUAAAAGGACAAUCCACACGGAAACAAGAAAGUUCAGUCCUGAUUUGUGAACAUCAAAAAGUCUUUCCCAAAUCUAUCAAACAGAGCUAAGAUUGUCUUGACGAUACGAUGAAGACACUCCAUCAGCCAAAGCAGACUGAUAUUGUAUGUACGGCAACUAUUCAUGGCGAUUUCAUGAGCAUAUGGACUUUCUGCUAAAAUGAAAUGAAGCUCAUUUGGGAGUAGAAGCUCCAACUCCUCAGAUUUUCCAAUUCUCUGUCACUCAGGAAGCCUAAAGUAUCCGUCUCUUGAUGGCAGCUCAGAUUGAUGCUUCAAGUUUUGGAAGAGAUUUGUUCAUGUUCACACAUAUGGACUUAAUUGAUCAUCCAACUGAUGUCACUGUGGCUUUGCCAAAUCUCUGCCCAAAAAGCCUGUGAUGUGCUCCAGCGGACCUGCAUGGUUCACCUCAGAGACCAACAAGAAGCAGAGACUUACACAUUGGAGUGUUAUUAUAUUGAGAAACUUCAGCUGACUUUGUACCAUAGCCAGACUUCUCUUCUACGAACGCCUCUUUCAAACAUCAAUGAUCUAGAGCGAGAGCGAUGUACAUGAACUGAACUUCAAACCUACAGGCAAACUGAUAACUACUGUUAUUUUUUUUUUUUUUUUACUUUUUAUUUUAUUCUAUUAUUCAGUGAAACAAGACAAGACAUCUGUGACAAGACAAGACAGAACUUAAUACAUUGGGUGACAUGACAAGAUUGACUACGGGGCAAAACAUGCAUUGGGUAUAUAGGGUAUAGAUAGAUGUAUUGGAGAAGGUGCCGGGAAGUCUGUUGUGUAGGAUUCUCAUGUGUGUAAGUGUGCAUGUGCAUGCAAGUGUAGAGGGACAAUAGACAGAGGGGAGUUUAAAACAAUAACAAAUAAGGGGGGGAAGAUUAAGUAGAUGAGUUUUCCUGGCAGGGGUGGCUAGCGAUAACCCAGGUUCAGCUAUUUUUUGGUCUUUAUUUUUACAUUUUUGAUCAUGUUGCGUUGUGGCGGGGGUUUCCCUCCUUUGGCCACCACUGUUUUCUCUUCCCUCUUCAGUUGAUGACUAUGCAUCUCUUACCUACAGCUUUCAUUUAAAGUGUUAUUUUUUUAGAUCUGUGCUAUAGGCCCUGCAUUGCAUAUUCAAAAGCUGCCAAAACAAGUUUGUUCAUUUUUC